AUGCUUGAAAACAGAAGAGCCCAGAAAUGUGAAACCCAAUCAUGUAAAAAAUAUCAAAAACAACUUAAAAUUUUAGUGUUAAAAAACAGCUUCAAAGUGGCGGAAAAAAGGAAACGUUCGCCUUCACCGGCCCGCUCGCCCUCCCGACGCAAGUCUUCUGAGUCCUCGGCUGGCUCGGCUAGACACUCGCCCUGCCGUUCACCCUCACAUUCACCACACAAGGAUUCCGAUAUUUCAGUGUGCUCCCCGCCUACCCCUCUACGAGCCAGAUCUCCACGAUCUAGAUCUCCCUCACCACCGCCUCGUACCUCUACACCCACACCCGCCGCCCAGGAUUUAAGAAGAGAGGAAUUAACGGCCAAAACCGCCACCACCACAGUGCCCUCGAACACAGCGUCGCUGGGUGCCCAAGAUCAUUUGAGAAUACCAACGGGAGCUACAGGAUUUAGUGGUUUUCCUUCGUUGCACAGCAUGAGCAGUUUAAUGGUGCCUUCGGCUGCCGCCGCUGCUGUAGCGGCGGCUCCUUUUCUGCCCUGGUCACCCAUGCUGUUGCCUCACUGGGGCCAUGCAUUGCUGCCAGCGGCAUUCUAUCCGGCGGCUUUGCGUAAUGCUCUACCAGGGUAA